AUGGAUUCUAUUGUCGCCAUUGUGGAAGAUGAUAUUAGUUAUGCGCAGCGAGUGAUUAACUUCAGCUCACCACAAAAUGUAAACGUUAAGGUGUUCACUAUUCCUCGACAUUCCUUCACAGCAUUUAGGUUGUCGUAUGUUCCACCUACAGAACUUUCAAAAUGCUCGCAGGUUACUUUAUUGGGCGGUAUUCCAAAACAAUGGUACGCUGAUCAAAAUAGUCAGGUUUGGAAGCUUAUAACUAAAAUUUCACUUCGAAAGGUUAGAAAGCAAUCGGAUAUGUUAAAAAGAUACGGCUAUGGAACAAUUUACAAAAAGCGUGUGGGAAAAACCCCAAGUGCAUCGUACUUGAGAAAGCACUUUACAUGGCAAUAUGAAGACAAGACAUCAAUCUACAACAGUCGUUAUCUAAAGGAUUCAGAGGCGCAGAUAGAAAGAACUAAAUCAAGCCCUGUGCAGAGCAGCAAACGUAAAAUAAAUCUACCAAAAAGAUGUAGAAGCUCUUCUAUUCAAAGCUUUGUGCAAAGAAAUGCUUCGGAAGAAAGGAAUGCAGGGCCUUCUAAUAAAUAUAAUCCACCUCUGGACGAUGCGGUAAAGUCUACGGUGAUCAAAUCAACUUCGCAUAAAGAAUUGUACGACAAGAUAAACGAAAGAAUUGGGCAGGCUUCUUUAAAUCCGAAUCGAAAGAAUGAACAGCAAAUAGAAAGCCUUUCUAGAGAAGAUCAUCCUCGCUUCGAUCGAAUACCAAGUGGCUCUUCAAUCAGGAAGGUUAAAGGAACAGACUUCAAUUUUAUUAGGAGGCCUUCAGAGGACACUUUAAGACAUUCCCCCGGUAGUAUAGUUGGAGAUAUGAACCUGGCAAAUCUCGGAACAACACGUAGUUUCCCAAAUGGAUCACAACAAUAUAGACAUUCCAAUGAUCUGAGUGAUGGAUUUUCUACAUCUAAUACUAUCGAUAAUUUGCCGUUAAAUGUGAAUGAGAAAAUCAUUUAUGAAGCACUACAAAGUAUGGAAAAAGAAAACUUUAUGGUGUGGAGAACCUCUCAGGAUGAAAAAGUUCACCCUGAUGCAAGACAGAAGAUUUCUGAUGCUUUUCAGAAAAGAAAGAAGAUUUUAUAUGAAGAAAUUGACAAGUUAAAUUCGAGCCAAUUUCCUUUUUUUAGUGUCUUACCACCAUGGCCGACGGAAUUGACAAUGGAUGAGAAAGCUGUACACGACAAGUUAGUCUCUAAGAAUUCCCAUCAUAUAAGAAAGCAUGUUCAUAAUGCUAGAAGCAGAACUAGCUGCAAACUCAAAAAUAGUGUUGGAACUUUUUUGGGCAUGACGAGUACACUAACAAGUAAAGCGACAACCAGGAAACGUACUGGCCAAAUCCUAAAAAAAGAAAAAAUGUUAGUGAUGGUAAAAGAGGCUAUACAAAAUAAGGUACCGCUUCCAACCUUCUCUGAAAACGAGUGUUUUGAUACAAGGGUCAGUGAAAGAUGGAAAGAAUAUAUCGUGAUAGCAAGAUCUACAGGAAAGUUUGAUCCUCCCAUUCUUUUACAAUUUUACCGUCACCGCCACAUCCCAGAAAUUGAGGAUAUUAGUACCAUAGCCACAAAGUAUCAUCGUAAUCCGUUGGAUUUUUUUCUUUCAAGAAACUGUAUUGUAAAGUUUUAUAGCUCCCUGGACAAAACUAUAUCCAUACAGAAACCUGAUAAGAGAUUAGAUGGAUAUAUAGAUGAGACCAUAGAAAACAAGGACGAGUUGAAACGCUAUUCUCCUGUUAAAAUAUUCAUUUUAAGGUGUAGUAGCAUUCACUCCUCUGGCAGAUGGUACAAGUUCCUCCUUGAAUCUUUGGGUCGACAGUUAUUUACACCUACUAUCAACUUAAAGAUUCCACAAACAGAAAUAUCGAUAAAAAUCAACUUGAAUGAAAUAACAUUCCAAAAAUUAAGAGAUUUAGGUAAUCAGGAAAAGAACAGUUUGAAGAUAUGUUUUCUUCAAAAAGGCUAUAAAAUUUUUCAGCAUCCUCUUUUGCGAUAUUUCACAAUUGCCAUCUUAGAAAAAUUAAAAUCUGCAAACUAUGAUUAUCUAAUAAAAAAAUGGGAUGCAGAGAAUUCUGUGCUAGGAUGUGCUUUGAAGAGAUAUGAUAGACUCGAAUGGAUUCCAUGCGACGAGGAUUCUUUAACUACCGGAAUUUUCGCAUUUUGUCAAUCUCACCUCAUUCAGUAUAGACCAAUUGCAAGCUGUUCAAGGGAAACAAAAUCCAUAAAAGGAGAAUGUUGGAAAGAAAUGCCACCUGUUGAAGGGUUUUUGAUAAGAUUGACUGACAAAUAUGGGUCUGCGAGGACACAUUUUGGUAAAUAUAGUAUUGCAACAGCUUACUUUUUCACAUGUGAUAACUUAUUUUUUUCUAUGAAAUCAUAUAGAGCAAAUCCUCCAUUACCUAUAGAUUCUAUGAUUGAUGAGACUAGCACUGAAACAGAAAAAGAAGAGAUUUGGAAACAGUGGAAAAAAAUUCCAGAAAUUUACGAGCAACAACCCUAUCCCUUAGAUGCAGAAGAUCAUAUCGAAUGGAUGAACUGUGAAACAAAUCAACAUGAGUAUGAUUCCAGAGAUUUUUAUGCUUUCCAUUGUUUUCAUCGAAGGAUCGACCAAAUACUGAAAUCAGACACCUUGAUUGACCUAACUGAGGUGAAAGAUAUAUACCAAGGAGCAAGGACUGAUUGCGAGUCUGAUAAAAUAAAGUAUGGGGUAUACAAAGAGGCUAGUGAAAUGUUUUGGCACAAGAGUUACGAAGUUGAUGAUGUUUCGCAGUCUAUCAUAAAUAUAGAAACAUCAAAUGGUCUUCUAUUGAAGCUUCUUGCUUCAUCAGUAACAGUUGCAGAACAAUGGGUCAUUAAACUGAAACAGAUGUCAUCCUAUUGGAAAAGUAAACAAAGGGAAGAUACAGAAAGGCUACUAAAAAUAAGACGUUCCAACGCAGGUCUUUUGAUGCUGAAUGGAGAAGAGGAAACAAAGAUUGGUGAGAAUACAUUGCGCUGGAUCAUAGAACAUGGACGCGCAGAUGAACAGACAUUUAACGCAAACGGAAUAUCACUAAGUAGACCGAUAAUUCAAAAGGGCCCUUUAUAUCAAAAACCUCACAAACACUCUGUUUUCUCGAAGUACUACGUUGUUUUGAUAUCUGGCUUUAUUGUUUUGUUCCACUGCUUUCAUAGAUCAACUACAGGCUUUGCUAAUGAAGUUUUGGAGUAUGCGCAUUAUAUGACUAUUCCGAUUGAUGAUUGCUAUUUAUACUCGGGAACUACAACUGAGUUGGAUCUUUUGCAGAGAGAUCGUACUUUUGAUGAAAUAAAUUAUGGAUCUCAUGCUCUUCCUCGAGUUUAUGGGGAUGGAUGGCGAUCUGUAGAAGAUGAAAGUUCACGGUGCUUUACCCUUUGGUUUGGAACAAGACGUGCUCUUUCUAGCAAUCGAUCGCGAAAGAAAGAGAGUGAGAACUCCUAUACAAAAACUUAUGACGGGCAAUGUAACUUUGUUGAUCAACUUUCUGCUUUAGAAGUUGACAUAGAUAACCCUGAUGUUCCAAAUAACACGGAUAAAAUACAUUUCACUAAAAAGUUGGGUGUAAGCGGUAAGUCGAUGGUCUUUAUGGCAAGGUCAAGACAGGAAAGAGAUCUUUGGGUAAUGUCUAUUUACUAUGAGCUUGAAAGACUGAGAAGAGCAGCAUCCUCUUCAAAUGGACAAAAUCAGGCUAAAUGA